CACAGAGAUGGCGCCCACCUCUUCUCUCUGCCUCUUUUUCCUUUUCCUUUUUUCCCUCCCCUACUCGUCCUUCCAAGAACGCCAACACCUCGCCGUCGAUCUCCUCAUCGACGCCGUCAUCUCCGCCAUCGGACCCAUCAACCCGGGCCCAGAGCCUCCUCCUCCGCCGGCGGUCCCCACCCCCUCCCCGUCCCCAGGCUCCCCUCUCGCCCCUGCACUCUUCGUCCUCGGCGACUCCACUGUCGACUGCGGCACCAACAACUACCUCGGCACCUUCGCCCGCGCCGACCGCCCCCCAUACGGCCGGGACUUCGACACCCACCGCCCUACCGGCCGCUUCUCCAACGGCCGCAUCAUUGUCGACUACCUCGCACUCCGACUGGGGCUCCCGUUCGUGCCUCCGUUCUUGGGGCAAAGCGGGGAGAUCGAGGAAAUGAUCCACGGCGUGAACUAUGCGUCAGCCGCCGCCGGAAUCCUCUUCUUGAGUGGGUCCGAUCUGGGGCAGCACGUCUCUCUGACCCGACAGAUCCAGCAGGUCACCGAUACAUUUGAGCAGUUUGCACUAGGUCUCGGGGAGGAGGCAGCAGCGGACCUAGUCGCGAGGUCGGUGUUCUAUGUGUCCAUUGGGAGUAAUGACUUCAUACAUUACUAUCUGAGGAAUACCUCGAGUGUGCAGUCACUAUACCUGCCAUGGGAGUUCAACCAGCUCCUGGCAACCACUGUGAACGAGGAACUCAAGAAUCUAUAUAAUGCAAAUGUGAGGAAAGUGGUUGUCAUGGGGCUAGCUCCAAUUGGCUGCACUCCUCACUACUUGUGGCAGUACGGCAGUGAAAAUGGGGAGUGCGUUGAUGAGAUAAACAAUGUAGUAAUCGAGUUCAACUAUGCCAUGAAAUACAUGGUGUACGUGCUAAACCAUGAGCUCCCAGGUGCCAUGAUCACCUUCUGUGAUGCUUUUGAAGGCUCCAUGGACAUACUCACAAACCGCCAACGCUAUGGUUUUGAGACAACAGCUGAUGCUUGUUGUGGAUUGGGCAAGUAUGGAGGAUUGAUCAUGUGCCUGCUACCAGAGAUGGCCUGCAGCGAUGCAUCGACCCAUGUUUGGUGGGAUGAGUUCCACCCCACAGAUGCAGUGAACCGAAUCCUUGCAGAAAACGUGUGGUCUGGUGAGCACACCACCAUGUGCUCCCCUAUGCACUUGCGAGACAUGAUUUAGCAAGUUUACAAGCAUGUGUGUCGAUAACUAGCAAUUCUUUUUUUCUUUUUUUUAAAGCUCCAAACUACUGUGCUUAUCACUGCAGCAAAUAUAGAUCAUAGGAAGGCACAUGCUCAUGUUGAUUAGAUUCUUCUAAUCAUCCAGACAUAUGAUCCUUAUACAGGCUUACAAUUUACUGGAAGCUUAUGCUAAGCCAUUAUAAGCGUAUGUGCUUUCUCUAUGUACUUCAUCUU